UCCAUAGGUCCGCAGAUGAAAAACGACUCAUAUCCGGCAAAGGAGAAGCAGUCGAAUAAACAGAAGAAAAAGGAGAAGAGCCACUUGAGUCUUGGAGCAGAAAUGGCCGGCGAGUGGACUUCGUGGUUCAAUGUGGACCAUCCUGGAGGCGAAGGGGAUUUCGAAACCCUGGAGGCCAUUCGGUUCUACUACCGGGAGCGGGUUUGUGCCCAGCCUACUGCCAUCCAAGCCCGCACCACGGAGUGGGAGUUGCCUGAAGAAGUGGGAGAGGUGGUCCGCUACAGCCCCCAAGAAGGUUUCCGGUGCCUUAACCGGGAGCAACCCGGGGGCAAGACUUGCUCCAACUACCACGUCCGGUUCCUCUGUCCCAUAGAUCCUUUUCACUGGUUGGGCUGGUCGUCCUGGUCUGCGUGGAGCACAUGUUCGCGUACCGCCUGUGGGGUCAGUGGCACUCGAACCCGCCAUCGGUCGUGCUUGAACAGCUCUCCGCUGGCAUCAGCGCAGCUCCUGAAGUGUCGAGGGAAAUCCGCAGAGCGCCAAGCUUGCACCACAGGACCCUGUCAAGAACCCAAAUGGAGCAGCUGGGGUCCUUGGAGUCCUUGUUCAAAAACCUGUGGCAGUGGUGGGAAACGAGUGCGGCGCCGAAGCUGUCCAAAGUCCAAGCUCUUGCGCUGCGUCGGCCGUCCCUCAGAGGUGCAGAAGUGCUCCCAGACACCUUGCCCAGCUUGCCAGCUCAGCUGCAACACUGGCAUCCCCAAUAAGGACUGUAGCAGCUGCACCUGCCCCAAGCACACUCUCUUUGGCACCGUACAGACCGCGGACGGGAUGGCACUCGCCAAUGCACGGAUCUCUCUCACAGACCGUCCUAUGUCCGUUCUGGCCCAAAGUGACCACCAGGGCCACUUCACCAUCCGUGGCAUCUGUGCCGACAGCGGUGCCAACAUCAGUGUGACGCUGGAACACUUUGCCCAAGAUAGCACUCCUGUCAUCGGCAACAGCUCAUGGACGUCCCGAGUGGAGAUAAUGCUGCAGAGACUUGAAAAACCUUACAUGGUGGCCCACCCUGAAUCGAAAGUGAGGAUGACUGGACAGAAAGUGAGGUUCUGCUGUCAGGCUCAGGGUGUUCCUGAGCCCCAAAAAUAUUAUUGGUAUCACAAUGGAACGCUACUGGACAGGAAGGUGAAAAAGUAUGACAGUAGUUUAGUGCUCCAUGACCUGAAGCCCCAUCAAGCGGGUUCAUAUCACUGCAAAGCCAGCAAUGGCCACGGUUCUAUCAAAUCUACCGUCGCCCAUUUGACGGUGAUAGACCCAGAAGUGCCAUCCUGUGUGUCCCAGCCAGAAGAAUAUCUCAUCCGACUCCCAGAGGAGUGUUCCCAGGAAGGAACGGGUUCCUCCUUCUACAAUGUGGGCCACUGCUCCAACACCCGCUGUGCGGGGCACCUUGCAGAUGCGCUGCAGUGUCGAGAUGCAUCAGAGCACUGCUGUGGGACGCUGCGGAUGGAGGUGCGGGAAGUCCCUUGCACUGGCUACGUUUUGCCCAUCAAGGUGGUCACCGAGUGUGGGUGCACCUCCUGCACUCAGCCAAAGAUCCUCGUCCGCGGGAAAGCUUCUGCAGUUGAUGAUGGUGAACCGUUGCGCUUUGGAGAAAUCUAUCUGGGGGCAGAGAAGAUCGGCUUCACUGGCUACAAAGGCACUUUCACCAUUGAAGUCCCACCAGACACACCGAGGCUGGUGGUCAAGUUUGUGGAUCGGUUGAAAAAAUUUGUGGACACUGUGAAGGUCUUCCCUUUUGACCAACGUGGUGGGGCCAUCUAUCAAGACGUUAGACUCAUGAGGAGGAAGAAACCUGUUGACCUAGAAGCAAUGGAGACUAAUGUCAUCCCACUGGGAGAAGUGGAUGGCGAAGGCCCAGUUGGGGAGGUCAUCAUCCCGCCAAGAUCCUUCUUCAGAUCCAACGGGCAAGCCUACAAUGGGACAGUGAAGGCCAGUGUGACCUUUGUGGACCCUCGGGACAUGGCCACAGUGACUGCUGCCUCUAGCGACCUCAACUUCAUCAACGACGAAGGAGAUCUCCUCCCUCUCAGAACAUAUGGCAUGUUUUCCAUGGACUUCUGGGAAGAUGAGAACCGCCAGGGCUUAGAAAUGGGGAAAGUGAAGGUCAAGAUGGAUGCCGAGCUCAUCAAAAUGCCGGAGCAUCUCCAGAAAAUGAAACUUUGGUCUCUCAAUCCAGUAACAGGCUUGUGGGAGGAAGAAUCCUCCUUCAGACUGGUGAAGGAAAAUCGCCGUAAGCGGGAAGAGCGCGCUUUUCUCAUCGGCAACCUGGAGAUCCGGGAAAGGCGGCUGUUCAACCUUGACGUCCCGGAGAACCGCCGCUGCUUCGUCAAAAUCCGGGCCUACAUCAACGAAAAGUUCAACCCCUCUGAGCAGAUGGAGGGCAUUGUCAUCACCCUCAUCAACCUCGAGCCAAGGCCUGGUUAUCCGUCCAACCCACAGGCCUGGGGUCGGUUCGACAGUGUGGUGACCGGUCCCAAUGGGGCAUGUUUACCGGCCUUUUGCGAUGGCCAACGGGCCGAUGCCUACACCGCCUACGUCACUGCGACCAUGGGAGGGGAAGAGCUAGAAGCUGUGCAAUCUAGCCCAAAGCUCAACCCGCGUGAUGUGGGAGUUUCCCAGCCUUACCUCAACAAGCUCGGCUACCAGCGAAGUGACCAUGCAGACUCUGCCCUGAAGAAGACGGCUUUCAAGAUCAACCUCGCCAAACCCAACCCAAACAACAUUGACGAAACCAAUGGGCCCAUCUACCCCUACCGGAACCUGAAGGAUUGUGAAGAGGCCCCCGUCACGGCCAACCACUUCCGGUUCUACCGGGUGGAGGUUGAUAAAUACGAGUAUAACGUGGUGCCGUUUAAGGAGAGCGACUUGACCACCUGGACAGGGGACUACCUUUCAUGGUGGCCCAACCCUCAAGAAUUCCGGGCCUGCUACGUAAAAGUGAAGAUUAAUGGUCCUCAGGAAUACAUGGUGAGGUCACGAAACGUUGGCGGCACCCAUCCAAGGACCCGGGGGCAACUCUAUGGCUUCCGAGAUACCCGGAGCGUCAGGGAUCUCGAAAUAUAUAACAGUUCAGCAGCUUGCGUUGAAUUCAAAUGUAGCGGGAUGUUAUUUGACCAGGAAUUGGUGGACCGGACUUUGGUGUCCAUCAUUCCCCAGGGAAGUUGCCGCCGUACCGCCAUCAACAACUAUUUGAGGGAGUAUCUUGGCCGACAUCCACCCGUGGUGGAGAACAACGACACUUCAGCCUUCUCCAUGCUGGGUCCAGUGGAUCCGCUAGGUCACAACUAUGGGAUCUACACUGUGACGGACCAGAACCCACGCCUGGCCAAGGAGAUAGCCAUCGGACGCUGUUUUGAUGGGACCUCAGAUGGAUUCUCACGCGAAAUGAGGUCCAACAAGGGUGUUGCCUUGACCUUCACUUGUCAAGAAAAGCCGGUGGGGCGGAAGAGCUUCUUCCAACGCCUGCUUGAAACCCCUUCCCAGGCGCUGACAGAGAUCCGGCGUGAGAUGAGAGACAACGAACAACUCCGCGGUCCCUCCCGUGUGGUGCCUUACCCGUCAAGGUUACGGACUAUGUUCGCCACACCAACCCGCAGGACCCCCAGCCGCCGAAGGAGGGUGGACGCUGCUCAGGCAUAACUGUGCGGGUUACAUAACUGUGAUUGUUUGGCCGUCUUCAUGCCUCCCUGCCACAAGAUCUACCACUCUUUAAGACUGAGGCUAUCCAUCAAAGGAUGCUCCUGCCCUUUGCCAAAUGCAGCAUAUGCUCACUGGUGCCACCUAGUGGCUUGACACCCCCCUGCAGUGUGUCAAAUGCUGUGAUAUUGGUGCCACCUAGUGGCUUGAGAUAGCAACACCAUUGGAGUAAAUGUUCACUUUUUGGGGAACUUCACAAAUACGUCAACUUAGAGACUGUGAGGGAGGAGACCCACUUGAAAUAUCUCAAUCUUUACAGUGGAGCGAGGACAGAAUAACAUUUCACACCACUUUCACUGAUGAGACGAAUAAGGGAAUAAAUCUGCAUCCUUAGUGGCAGGUUUCAUCCCUUGUCUCUCCAGGACAACCAACUUAAAGGUGGGGGAAUCUUUUCCAGCCUGAACGCCAAAUUCACUUUCAGAGAACAGGGCCAAAAGACAAGGGUCUGUGACCCUCCCCAAAAUGCCAGAAUAUUAUAUUAUACUUUUAAAGCUCUUGUUGCCAGGAACGAAGGGCCCUUCCAAAUUAUAGAAUGCUAUGAUCCUUAGGUAGAUCUGGAAUCUGGUCAGAAUUCCCUUUCUUCAUCAAUCACUCUCCCACCUGAUGAU